UAUUCUCCACAGCUCAGUUCUGUUUUCAGUCCAAGAGAGUGUGGGCUGCUGCUGGCAGCUGCAGGAUGAAGUCGCCUCCCUGCUGCAUGUCUCUUUCUUCCCAAGCAUCCCUGGAGGAACAGGGGAAUAGCACAUCCCUGGGCUCCCUGGACUCCAGUGUUUUCUCUAGUGAGGAAGACCAGGGCCCGUUGCUUCAGAAGGUCAUUCCCUCCUUGGACUGCUUCACUAUCAAUGUAGGAGGUAGCCGCUUCGUGAUGUCCCAGCAAACUUUGUCUUGCUACCCUGACACCCGCCUUGGCAAACUGGCCGUAGUGGUCUCUGCUGCCCGGGAUGUAGCUUCUGGCCUUCUCGAGCUUUGUGAUGAUGCCAACCUCAUGGAGAAUGAAUAUUUCUUUGACCGGAGCUCACAGGCAUUUCACUACAUCCUGAAUUACUACCAGACAGGGAGAUUACACGUGAUGGAGCAGCUCUGUGCACUCUCCUUCCUUCAAGAGAUCCAGUACUGGGGGCUGGAUGAGCUCAGCUUCGAUUCCUGCUCUGGGAAUAGAAGUACAGGAGUGUACUUCAGGAGAAAGGAGCUGAGCGAAGCCUUAGACAUCAAGAAAGAUGCAGAAGAACUGGAUGCCCAAGAUGAAGAAGAAGACUUUUCUGGUAGCCUCUGUCCUAAUGUCAGACAGAAGCUUUGGGAAGUUUUGGAAAAGCCUGGCUCUUCUGCAGCAGCCAGGACUUUUGGGACUCUAUCCAUGGCUUUCGUUGUUGUGUCCAUUGCCAACAUGGCUUUGAUUUCAGUAGAGCUAAGCUGGCUGGCACCACCACUCCUGGAUGCUCUAGAGUACCUGUGCAUUGCGUGGUUCACUGUGGAGUUUCUUCUGAGAUUCCUAUGUACACGGGAUCGGUGUCGCUUCCUAAGGAGUGUGGCAAACAUCAUAGAUCUCCUUGCUAUUUUACCUUUCUACAUCACCCUGCUAGUAGAGAGUUUGUGUGGUGGGGAGAGCUCCCAAGAACUGGAAAAUGUGGGGCGCAUUGUCCAAGUGCUGAGACUGCUCAGAGCGCUGCGGAUGUUGAAGCUGGGAAGGCAUUCAACAGGCUUGCGGUCUCUCGGGAUGACUAUUGCACAGUGCUACGAGGAAGUUGGCCUCCUGCUGCUUUUCCUCUCCGUAGGAAUCUCCAUAUUUUCCACUGUGGAAUACUUUGUUGAGCAAGGUGUGCCAGGCACAACUUUCACAAGUGUUCCUGGUGCUUGGUGGUGGGCAACAACUUCCAUGACAACUGUUGGUUAUGGGGACAUUCGGCCAGACACUACCAUUGGUAAGGUAGUGGCUUUUAUGUGUAUACUAUCAGGAAUACUGGUUUUGGCUUUGCCAAUAGCUAUAAUAAAUGACCGUUUUUCUGCUUGUUAUUUUACACUGAAGAUAAAAGAAGCUGCUCUUCGGCAGCGUGAAGCUUUAAAGAAACUCACAAAGAACUCAUCCAGUGACUCAAAUAUCAAUGUUAAUUUGCGAGACGUAUAUGCACGCAGUGUCUUGGAUAUGUUACGGUUAAAAAGCAGAGAGAGAGCAAGUACAAGGAGCAGUGGAGGAGAUGAUUUUUGGUUUUGACUUUAGGUUACUUAGCCUUGUAUAGCAAAUAGACUACUUUGAAAAUGUAAUAUGAAGUA